CUGUGAUCCCCUAUUCCCUCACAGCUCAAAAACCCUAACUUCUCCAUGAAUUCUUAGCUUCAAAUUUCAUCAAUGGAGUUUGAAAAAAAUUCAAUUUCAGACCACAAACUCUGCGGUUAUUUCCUUACAUCCCUUAAAAUUUCAUCUCCAUCGCACUACACUCUCCCUUUAAAUUCCCAAUGCUACAUUGCUGGAGACACUUGUAAUAAUGUCCACUUCAUCUCAAACGACAACGUCGUAUUGUCCCCUAUUGAGGAUCAAAACGCUGUCGUUUUAACGAAGAAGAAGAAGAGGAGUGGUCGUUUAAGUGUGGUGCAACAGUUACAUAAGUUAGUAAGGCAAAAGUGUUUGAAGAUUGUAGCUAGGGUUGUUGAGGUUGUGACACGUGGAGGUGAUGAAGAAGAAGAAGAAGAAGAAGUUAGGGUUGUUGUAAUGGUGGAUGUGUAUUUGCCUAUAGCUUUGUGGUCUGGUUGGCAGUUUCCUAAGUCUGGUAAUGCUGCUGCUGCACUUUUUCGGCAUGUCAGUUGUGACUGGGAGGCUAGGAGUUCUAUGCUUCAGUCUGCUAAGCUUGGUGUUGAAAAGGAUUUUAGUAUUUGGAAUCUGUCUGACUGUCAUGUUGUAGGCUGCAAACUGCACUGCAGUGCACCUGACCCCUCCAAGAAAAAGCUCUUUGAGCUCCAUGAAAUUUUUAAGAGCUUACCAAGUGUAUCAAAGAGGGGAAAUCCUGAUUUUCUAAGAGUGAAUCCCCUUGAUACUAGUAAAUCGGGUAUUUGGGUGAUAACAGAUGAUAUUUUGAUCAAUAUUCUUUCUUCACUUUGUCCUGUUGAUCUUCUCAGGGUUUCUGCAACAUGUCGUCAUUUAAGAUCACUUGCUGCAUCAAUCAUGCCAUGUAUGAAACUUAAAUUGUUUGCUCAUCAGCAGGCUGCAGUUGACUGGAUGUUACAGCGUGAGCGCAAUGUUGAAUUACUACAGCACCCACUGUACAUGGAUUUUGUCACUGAAGAUGGAUUUGCUUUUUAUAUAAAUGCUGUUUCUGGUCAAAUAGCCACAGGGCAGGCUCCUACAAUCAAGGAUUUUCAUGGGGGAAUGUUCUGUGAUGAGCCUGGCUUGGGUAAAACUAUUACUGCUCUUUCUCUCAUUCUCAAGACUCAGGGAACACUGGCAGAGCCACCAGAUGGUGCACAAGUCAUGUGGUGUAUGCAUAAUGCUGAUCAGAGGUGUGGUUAUUAUGAGCUUUGUAGCGAAGAUACAAUCAGUUCUGGUGUUUUAUUAGCUAGUAGAGCUACUGGACACAAUGGCCGAAGGGGACGAUUAUCUUUAGAUAAACUAACCCCAACAAAAAGCUUGAACAACUUCUCCACAUCAAUUGGAUCCAUAGUUGUUGGUUCAGCUGAACAUAUAGCAACUGCAGAAAUCAGUUCACCUACAGUCACGCUCUCCACUCCAACAAGGUAUUCUGUGAGAUGUACCAGUAGCUAUAGCCAGAUAAAAAGAGAUCUUAUGUAUGCAUAUGAAGGGACUGAAGAGAGAAAUGCUAGGAAAAACUCGAAAAAAAGAAAGCUUACUUCCAACAACCAACAAAGAAGCUCGGCAUAUGAGAAAUCUGGUUAUUCACAUAAAUUGUCUCGCUGUAGUAAGAGGUUCUCUGAGCCUUCUGCAGAGAACUAUGUGCUCAAGGAUACUUGGAUCCAGUGUGAUGCUUGUCACAAAUGGAGGAGGCUUGCAGAAGCCGGUGCAGCAGAUACUACUUCUGCAUGGUUCUGCAGUAUGAAUACUGAUUCGUUAUAUCAGAGUUGUAGUGUUGCAGAAGACUCUUGGGAUCAUAAGCAGCAGAUCACUUGCCUUCCAGGAUUUCAUAGUAAAGGAACUCCUGGGGGACUGGAAGAAAAUAUAUCAUUUUUUACCAGUGUGCUGAAGGAUGAUUAUUCAAUUAUGGAUUCUGAAGCAAAGAAGGCUCUAAUUUGGUUAGCUAAGCUGUCACCACAGAAGCUGUUAGAAAUGGAAACAAUUGGGUUGGUGCAACCUAUUGUACAGACUUCCGUAGGAGUUCCUCAUUCCUCUCAUAAAAUAUUUCAAGCCUUUGGUCUUGUCAAGAGGACUGAAAAGGGUACAACUAAGUGGUACUAUCCUAGAGGUCUUGUGAACCUGGUCUUUGAUUUGGAUGCCCUAAGAGUAGCUCUAUGUAAACCUCUGGAUUCAUUUAGAUUGUAUUUGUCUCGGGCUACAUUAGUUGUUGUCCCUUCAAAUCUAGUUGAUCAUUGGAGAGGUCAAAUUGAGAGGCAUGUAAGACAAGGGCAGUUGAGAGUUUUUGUCUGGGCUGAUUAUAAAAGGCCCUCUGCACAUAGUCUUGCUUGGGAUUAUGACGUAGUUAUAACUACAUUCAGUCGCCUGAGUGCUGAGUGGAGCCCCAAAAAGAGAAGUGUCUUGAUGCAAGUUCAUUGGCUGAGAAUUAUAUUAGAUGAAGGUCACACCCUGGGUUCAAGUCUAAGUUUGACCAACAAACUUCAAAUGGCUGUUUCAUUGCGGUCUACUAAUCGUUGGUUAUUAACUGGAACACCAACUCCAAACACCCCUAGCAGCCAGCUUUCACAUCUACAACCCUUGCUUAAGUUCCUCCAUGAUGAAGCUUAUGGACAGAACCAGAAAAUCUGGGAAGCUGGUAUUCUUAGGCCAUUCGAAGCGGAGAUGGAGGAGGGCCGGUCACGUUUGCUACAGUUACUUCACAGGUGCAUGAUCAGUGCCAGGAAAAAGGAUUUGCAGAAUAUUCCCCCUUGCAUCAAGAAAGUAACACUCUUAAAUUUCACUGAAGAACAUGCAACAAGUUACAAUGAAUUAGUAGAAACUGUACGGAGGAACAUACUAAUGGCAGACUGGAAUGAUCCUUCUCAUGUUGAGAGUUUACUUAACCCUAAACAAUGGAAAUUCAGAAGUACUACCAUCAGAAAUGUAAGACUUUCGUGCUGUGUAGCAGGACAUGUCAGAGUGACAGAGGCAGGUGAUGAUAUUCAAGAUACUAUGGAUAUUUUGGUUGAGGAUGGACUGGAUACCACUUCAGAGGAGUAUGCUCUGAUAAAAUAUCUCCUUUUAUUUGGUGGAAAUUGCAUGAGGUGCAAAGCAUGGUGCCGUCUACCAGUGAUUACACCUUGUAAACAUCUAUUAUGCCUCGACUGUGUUUCUUUAGAUAGCGAGAAGUGUACAAUUCCUGGCUGUGGCAACUUGUACGAGAUGCAAAGUCCUGAAACACUGGCCCGUCCUGAAAAUCCUAAUCCAAAGUGGCCUGUUCCGAAGGAUCUGAUUGAGUUGCAACCAUCUUAUAAACAGGAUGAUUGGAAUCCCGAUUGGCAAUCAACAUCUAGCAGUAAAGUUGCUUACCUUGUUGAUAGGUUGAAGGAAAUACAGGAAGCUAAUAGGAUGAUUAUUACCUCCAACGAGGACAGAAUUGUUGAGACUCUUAGUGGAUCUCAUGCCUGCACUGGGAUAAGCAAUAUCAGCACGUUUUCAUCCCAACAGUAUUUGGUUGGGCCAUCAAAUAAUUUAUGCAGUAUAAUUCCGCAGAAAGUUAUCAUAUUUUCUCAGUUUCUGGAGCACAUACAUGUAAUUGAACAGCAGUUAGCUGUUGCUGGUAUCAGUUUUGCCAGUUUGUAUAGUCCAAUGCCUUCCAUCAGCAAGGUGAAAGCACUGGCAACAUUUCAGCAUGAUGUUGAUUGCAUGGCUCUAUUAAUGGAUGGAAGCGCAGCUUUAGGUCUUGAUCUGAGCUUUGUGACACAUGUCUAUUUAAUGGAACCAAUAUGGGACAAAAGUAUGGAGGAACAGGUGAUCAGUCGUGCUCAUCGUAUGGGUGCUACGCGUCCUAUUCUCGUGGAAACACUGGCGAUGAGUGGCACAAUUGAGGAGCAAAUGUUGAAGUUCUUACAGGAGGCUGAUGAAGGUAGGAGGUUGUUGAAGGAAGAAUGUGGUAAACUGGGUCAUGAUGGGGCACGAGCACCUCGCACGUUACAUGAUUUCGCUGAAAGCAAUUAUCUCGCUCACCUUAACUUUGUUCGGACAAGUUCCAAGGCAUGAAGAAAAUUCUGUGGCUUCUUGGAGCUAGCAGUCGUGGCGUAUACAUUUCAGACCAAAGGGAGAUUGAUAUUUAUGACCCUAUUACCAUUCUUUAUGUUAUUACCUCCAUAUUUUGCACGGGCGCAAGUAGCGCACAUAGAGGUUACAAUGAGAGAAUGUUGCUUGAGAUGGUUUGGUCAUGUCUUAUGUAAGACUCCAAAUACAUCCCUUGUUUUCUUUUGAGCUGGGGUGUCUUUCGGAAACAGCCUCCCUACCUUCCAAGGUGGGGGUAAGGUCUGUGUACACUUAACCCUCCCCAGACCCCACACUGUGGGAUUCAACUGGGUAUGUUGUUGUUGUUGUAGUAUAAUACUAUGCUGAUUGAAGAAUUAAAUGAGACAAGAUAGACCUAAACUCAUAUGGAGAAAAGUCGUCCAAAGAAACUUGUAAUUUCUUAUAAUCCAUGCAAGAUUUAGCUGAGAACAAACACCAUGGAAGUAGAGAAUCCAUAUAGCUGAUUAUUGAUAAUUAAAUUAAAAAAGAGAAUCCAUAUGAGUGAUAGUAAUUGGUUUUUGAGAUUUAAAGAAUCUGUAGUUCUCGAGAACUGCAAUUUGUUGUAUUAAAAAAAGAGUGUCUUUUAUUUGUUUCUCUUGAACAAGUUGUUGAUUAUUGAGAUGAAAUCAGCCUGCUGAACAGAUAUAGAGGAUUUAGAUUUCCCCUACUAGUUUGAGCUGCUUGAACAAAAUGAGGGUUCUCUUGUUUAGGAGAUAGUCCAGUUUCCCUUGAUUGUACUUCAUCGAGAUGAAGCCCAAGUUGCCAACCAGUUAGAAGGUGAUGUAUUUCUUGAGUAGAAGUUGUUUUGCUGCUGUUAUAAUCCAAUUCAGGGUUAGUCACCUGAUGUUCUGAGAAGCCUAUUCAAUUUAUGGCAGAUUCAGCCUUUGGUUACUCCUCAUGUAGCCCCUAUGCGUGUGUGUGUAUCGUUAGGUACUUUUAUACUUGAUAAAAAAAUAA